UCAUAAUUUUAAAGUGAAAAAUUAAAAUAAAAAAUUCUUGAGAAUAUUUUCAAAAUAAAAAAUAAAAUAAAAAAUGGCUUUUCGAAAAAUCUAUUCAACAUCAAAAGUGAUAUUCAACUCAAUUCAGUAUCCACAACAAGUGCGUAGUUUGUCAUUGUCAGUUGUCAGAUUUGAACAAGGCAAAGCAGUUGCAACGAAAGUUGAUGUAAAGCCUGAGUGGGAAAGAGCUUUAAGUGAAGCUGAAAAAAUUAUUGGUCAGCAAACUUCGUUUAUUAGUUUGAGAUAUUUAAUGAAUGAUGAAGUCACGAAUUGGGGCGAACACAUAAGACGACUUGAAGGAAGCAAUCAUCCGAUGUAUGAAACUGCAAAAUUACUCUUUCAACAAGGACAUGCCAAUAACAUUAACAAAACUUGGGGAUUAGUUGUUUUACUCGUAUCUAAAAUGGCUGGGUUUGCAACACCACCACCAGCUGCGGACAUUGACAGUAAAUCGGGAUUGUUGAAGAGUCAAAAGAUUCUUGCGGAAGCUGUUGAAACUACAUGUACAGCUAAUGACAUUCACCGUGAAGGAAUUCUUAAUAUGCAGCAUUUACAAUAUGCUGGAAUUAAUUUGCCACCUGACAGCGACUUGAUAUUUGGAAAUAAGAUGGCCAUUCUCGGAGGUGACAUCUUAUUCGGACAUGCUGGUAUGCAGUUUGGAAAACUAAAAAAUCAUAAAGCCAACAUUUUGCUGUGUACGGCUGGAAGAGAUGUUGCAGAUUCACAUUUCAUCGGUGAUCGAGAUAUUCAAAAUAAUCCAUUGCCGUCAGAUCCAGUGAAGAAACUUGAAGAACAAAAGAACAAUCCUGUGGGAUUUGAUGAGAUUCCAACUGAUCAAAUUGAUAAUUUGAAGCCAUUCAGUCUACGUGAUAUAAUGGGAACUGCAGAGAAUGAAUGGAAGCUUCGAAAUACUCUGACAACAGGUUCAUUGCUCGGUAAAAGCUGCCAAGGAGCUUUAAUGCUUGCAAAUCACCCUGAAGAGCUUCAAAAGGAAGCUUAUUUCUUCGGAAAGCAUUUGUUUUUGGGUUAUCAAGCAAGUAAGGAAUUUGAUAUGUUUAUGACAGAAGAACUUCCACCAUCAGGUCGUUUUAACUUGGUGAGUGCACCAGUUUUGUUCCAUCUUGAAGCCGAUCAUUCCUUAUACAAUGAGAUUAAAAAAGGUUCAGAGUCAAUUGAUAACAUUGACUACGAAAAAGUUCAUGAAAUUGUGAGAAAUGGUCCGGGACUUGACAAAACAAAAGAACUUAUGAAUAAGAACAAUUUAAUCGCGACCACUUUACUUUACAAAUUUCCCGAAUCUGAUGCCAGAAGGGCACUUGAAAAUAUUGUUUUAGCUUCAGAACAUUAAAAUUAAUAAAACUUUCUUAUAUUUUCCUUUUCAUAUUGUCUGUGCUUCGAUUGAUUUCAUUUCAAACUUAAUCUCAAAAAAUCCGAGGUAGCUUUUUUAUUAAUCAAAAGCUUUCCAAAAUUCUUUAAAACUUCAAAGCUUUUAUUUUAUAUUCCUUAAGAAAAAGAUUGUCUUGAAAACUUUUUAUACAUAAAUCCUUAGAUUAAUUAAUAUAAUAAUUAAAAGACACUAUAAUUAAAUGUAACGAAAAAACAUCCAAUCAUUUAUAUUUUGGAUUAUUUACAACUUUAAUAAAAGAUAAAUUUUUUGAAUAAUGAAAGUAAAAUUUCACUUUUUCUUCAAAAAAGCUUUAAAUU